UCGGAAGGAUGCUUAAGUUUGUGGCAAUUUUAUCGCUGGUGGCCCUUGCGGUGCACGCGCAAGAUGCGUCCCGGCCAAUCAUCAACACGAGUGGAGGACAGAUCCAGGGUAUUACGUCCAGCUGUGGACUGUUCUGUAGUUACUUCGCCUUCAACGGCAUUCCGUACGCUCAGCCUCCGGUAGGUGAUCUUCGGUUCCGUAACCCUCGUCCAGCUGUUCCGUGGACGGGUGUAAAGGAUGGUAGCGAGCACCGUAACACUUGCCCGUCGGGUGGAUUCCUUGGAGGGGUGUCCGGUAGCGAGGAUUGUCUAUACCUCAACGUUUACACCCAGAAUCUGAUCGGACAGCGACCGGUAAUGGUUUGGAUUCAUGGUGGAUCGUUUACGGGCGGUUCCGGCAACUCGUGGAUCUACGGCCCGGACAACCUGGUGCCGGAGGAUGUGGUGGUCGUCACCAUCAACUAUCGGUUGGGUAUUCUUGGAUUCUUCAGCACGGACGAUGUGCAUGCGGCCGGUAACUGGGGCAUGAAGGAUUGUGUGAUGGCUCUGCAGUGGGUCCGCCAGAACAUUGCCGCCUUCGGUGGUGAUCCGAACAAUGUAACCAUCUUCGGCGAGAGUGCCGGUGGUGUGGCCGUACACUAUCUCGUCCUGUCCAACAAGGCUAGCGGAUUGUUCCACAAAGCUAUCGCCCAGUCCGGUACGGCGCUCGUACCGUGGGGCUUCCAGUACCGUCCACGUGAGCUCGCCUACCGGUUGGCCGAUCGGCUCGGCUACACGCACGACAGUGCCCAGCUGGUGCAGAGUCUGCGUAACACACCGAUCGAGCGACUGAUCGAGGUGCAGGAAGGUUGGCUGGACAUUGAGAUUCCGCGUGGCUUCAAACCGUUCGACUUUGUGCCGAAUGCGGAACCGGUCAAUUCGCCCGAGGAAACGUUCCUGACGCAGCUUCCGAUCGAUAUCAUCAAUUCCGGUACGUUCAACCACGUGCCGUUCAUUGCCGGAUACAUGAGCAUGGAGAGUCUGUUCAUGGUGUACGAGCACACGAUCGACAGUACGGUUUGGGACGAGUUUACGCGCAAUCCGGACUACUUUGUGCCACACUUCUGGAAUAUCCCGCGCGGAUCGGCCGCUGCGACCGCUGUCAGCCAGGGCAUCCGCAAUGCGUACUGGCAGGAUCGUCCUCUAAACGACAACAUUAUGGUCGAGUGGUUGACGUUCCACACCGAUCAGCAGUUCAUCUACGCGAUCGACAAAACGAUCCGCCUGCAUGCCCAACGGUCCAGUGCGCCCACGUACUACUAUCAGUUCAGCUUCGAUGGUGAUCUGAAUCUGGUCAAGCGAGUGCUGCUGCUUGGUAGCUGGCCGGGUGCGAUGCAUGCCGACGAUAUCCCGUAUCUGUGGUCGGUAACGGAUCUAACCCUCUCGCCCAUCCUGCCAACGAACCAUGCGCGUACGGUUAGCAACCGGUUCGUGCGGUUGUUUACCAACUUUGCCCGGUUCGGCAAUCCGACACCGAAUGCUGUGGAUACGCUGCUGCAGAGUCGCCAGUGGUUGCCGGUAACGGCGGCGUCUGUACCGUACAUGGACAUUGGACACGAUCUGGUGACGGGCGUCAACCCGAACGGACAGCGUACAGCUGUGUGGCACGACCUGGAAGCUCGCUACGCCAACGAUCCGUUCCGGUUUCCGCGAAACUAA